GGCCCGCCUUCUCCCUGGGGACCCGAUGGCCUCGGAAGACCUGGCAGGGGCUCUGGCGGCCGUUCUUGGGGGCCGGGGGCUGCGCGUGCAGAGCUAUGACUCGGGGCCGGCCGGGGAGACGCCGGCGCAGGUGCGGCUGCGGAAGAACGUCUGCUACGUGGUUCUGGCCGUGUUCCUCAACGAGCAGGAUGAGGUGCUUCUGAUCCAGGAGGCCAAGAAGGAGUGCCGUGGGUCGUGGUACCUUCCCGCGGGGAGGAUGGAGCCCAGGGAGACCAUUGUGGAGGCGCUGCAGCGGGAGGUGAAGGAGGAGGCCGGGCUGCAGUGUGAGCCUUUGACGUUGCUGUCUGUGGAGGAGCGGGGCCCCUCCUGGAUCCGCUUUGUGUUCCUCGCUCGCCCCACAGAGCAGAGAGGUGGCAUCAAGAUGGCCGUCCUGCGUCUGCUACAGGAGUGUCUGACCUUGCACCACUUGGCUGUGGAGACCAAGGGGUUGCUUGGACUGCAGCACCUGGGCAAAGACCAAACCGAUGGCAUCUGCCUGAACGUGCUGGUGACGGUGGCUUUUCGGAAUCCAGGUAUCCAAAAUGAGCCCCCGAAGGUUCGGGGUGAGAACUUCUUUUGGUGGAAGGUAGUGGAGGAAGACCUACAAAGCCAGCUCUUACAGAGGCUUCAGGAAUCAUCUGUCGUCCCAAUCAACCGAUAGGAGGCUGCCGUCAGUGGGCCAGGAGCUGGGUUCCCAUGGGCAGUAAUUGCACAACCUGUGCUUACACUCAGGCCGUCUGACCCCCUGUAUGAUGGUGUCUGUGCUUCAGAGGAGGCUUUGCCUCUAAGAGGCACCGGAGGUUGGUAGAGAUCUUGUUGCAUGGGGAUCAGGGCAGUUCUCCUGGUUCCCAGGGGGACUUCCAUCUCUUAUGGCCAUGGAGCAGAUCCCUGCACUGCAUCAGAAGGGACAGUGCCUUCAACCAAGCAAGGAGUUCAGAGCUCAAGGACCCAGUUGCCCUGAGGGCACAAUGAGGGCACGACUUCCUAAGGGGAUGUGAGGACUUUCUGGACCUGAGGUGGCACCUCUUCGUUUUCUGUGCCCGCCUCAGUAAAGGCCUCAUCCAGAUUCUCAAGCACUUAGAACAUGGAAGGGGUGCUGGGGGAGGUCAUUCCAAGGGAGUGGGUCCCUGGCUGAGUAAAUAGGUGUUGCUUACUUUGC